UAGUUGUUCAUUGUGUUCCAGGUCAAAUUGUCUAAACAAAUUAUGCUAUUGUAAACAUUAUAUCAGGGUACUGCUCCUUAAUCGUUUGAAUCUAUGUUAGCGUUUCAAGGUUAGGAGUUGAUAAUAAUAGUUAUUUUUUUCUUUUUAAUGUAUUGAAGGUGAAAUAUCCUCCAUUUCGUGGCGGUCUUCGGAGGCACUCCCGAAUGGGCGAGCCCGACGUGCAAUCACGUUACUUCCUUGAUAUUAUCUUUACAAGGCGGCGGUGGGUCAUCACCACGAUUCAAGUCAUGUCCCUAAAUGUUUGGAAAUAUGUCCUUAUCAUUAUCGCUGGGUUCGGAAUCAUCCUGCUGCUGCGCCUCAUCACCAUUGGGGAGAAGUGGAAGUAUGAUAUAGUGUCACCAAUGUACAAGGUUCAGACCCGGAAGCAGUCAUCAAAUCUUUCUGAAAGCCUCCAAACAUUUCACCACAAUAUCACCUUCUGUGCACAUUUGGCCAAGUCACUGUCACCCGAAGAACAGCAGGAGGAACGCAACCUGUUGAACUCCAUCGCCUGGCCCCAUCCUCCCUCUGGCUCAGCAUCACCGGACCUGUCCGACACAAGUGACCCGGCUCACAGCUUGUUCACAAUCGUUCCCUCCAAAAACAACCAGCAUUGGUACGUGGGCGACCAACUGGAAGUGCAGGUCCACUUGCAUGACUUCAAAGGCCGACCCAAGCGUUACGGCGGUGAUUUCCUGUUAGCUCGGUUACACUCCCCAAAGUACAGGGCGGGUGUGGCUGGACAAGUGUUGGACCACGAAAACGGACUUUAUUCGGUCCGAUUUCCAUUGCUGUGGCAGGGCUUGGCCCAGGUUAAUGUCAUGAUGGUGCACUCGAGCGAGGCCGUCGCGGUGCUGCGGCGCCUGAGGGAGAAACGGCCCGAUCGAGCCUUCUUUGUCAGCAUCUUUCGCCGUGGCCGUCAUUCGGAGAAGACAGUGUGCAACAUGUGCCUGCCGCCAGACAAGGGGCCACUGUGCAACUACACGGACCUUCACUACGGUGAGCAGUGGUACUGCUACAAGCCCAAAGGGCUCGGCUGUGACACCAGAUACAACCACAUCACAGGAGGCUACACCAAAAACCUCAUCACCAAAAAGGAGGCUUUGCUCUUUCAGAGUGGCAAGAACAUCAAAGUUCCCAUCCACGCUUCCACAACAGACUCCAUCAAUGUGCUGCCUUCGAGGAAAGAAAGGAGCCGUCAAAAAAUGGACCCCGUGAAGCUGGCGACGUCUGGGUACUAUUACCAGGACUCGUGGAGGCCAUUGGGCGGCGUUCCUAUGCGCCAGUUUAACAAGGCAUCUGCCAUCACUCAGUGUUUGACCAACAAAUUAGUCUACAUGUACGGCGACUCCACUAUGCGCCAGUGGUUCGAGUACUUCCUCACUGUACUUCCAGGCUUGAAGAAUAUCACCCUGGAGAAACCCAAAAAGCAGGGGCCCUUUAUGGCAGUGGACGUCACCCACAAUAUUCUGCUCAAUUACCGGUUCCACGGCCCACCUGUCCGCAUCCAGCCCGUCAUGAUCAGCGAGUUGCGCUACAUCGCCAACGAGCUGGACGGCCUGACCGGCGGUCCCAACACGGUGGUGACGCUCGGCAUCUGGGCUCACUUCAGCACUUUCCCCGUGGAGGUGUACAUACAGCGCAUUCGGCAUAUCCGCAAGGCGGUGGUGCGACUCCUGGACCGGUCCCCAGAGACAGUGGUGGUAGUCCGCACCGCCAACCCUCAGGCCCUAAAACGGGAUGUCAGCUUGUACAAAAGCGACUGGUUGAUGCUGCAGCAGGACAUUGUGUUACGUGCCAUGUUCAAGGGUAUCAACGUUAUGUGGGUGGAUGCCUGGCAGAUGUGCUUGGCGCACCGCGAACCUCACGACCUACACCCUCCUCGGCCCAUUGUCAAGACCAUGGUAGAUAUGAUGUUGUCCUACAUUUGCCGUAAUGCAACCAGGAAAAAUGCAUCAUUUUUGUCAAAUGAAUGAGGUUGAAAGUGUGAUAGCAUACUCGAAGCCUCGCCGAAA